AUGCCCACUAUGACUUCAUGCAGCUGGCCUGUGAGAGGCAGUCAGGUGGUUGUCCACGGCUACCAGUCUUUCAUGUCCACUGUGACUUUCAGGAUCACAAGCCCUUUUGUACCUACCAUGCCUUCUCCAGCUACGAGACCCUCAAAGCCCAGCACGUCUCCAGCAUCCACUGGACCCUCGAUGUCCCCCGUGCCUCCCAAGCCUCCCGCCUCCUUGAAGACCACCAAAUCGGCAAAGACCAACAGUGCUUCAGUGCCCACCAAGCCAUCAACAGCCCCUAACUCAGUCACAAGCCCAAGCAGUUCUAGGUCUCCCAAGUGGGCAAGUACGAAGACAGCUGCUUCUAAACAGUCCAGCAGCAAGUCCCGAGCCCGGAAUGGGACAAGAACACCCAGCAAAGCCAGCACCGACACCAGGGCGAGGAAGGCCAGCACCGACACCAGGGCCAGGUGGGCAAGUACGAAGACAGCUGCUUCUAAACAGUCCAGCAGCAAGUCCCGAGCCCGGAAUGGGACAAGAACACCCAGCAAAGCCAGCACCGACACCAGGGCGAGGAAGGCCAGCACCGACACCAGGGCCAGCAAGGCCAGCACCGACACCAGGGCCAGCAAGGUCAGUGGGGUAAGACUCCACCAGCAGAGGGGCACACACAGCCGGGGCAGAACUCCCAGAAGAAGGGGAAGCCGCAGCUCCAAGAGGUCACCCAGCAGAGCCAGCACUACCAGCAGGAUGAGAACUCACGGUGCCACCCCAAGUGUGCCCAACAGGAUGAGAACUCCUACUUCCCAGAAAAAACAGAGUGGGGGCAAGAGUUGCAGCCGGCCUAGAAACAACAACCGAGAAAGAAAUAAGAGCCAGCUUAGAAGUGUGAGCAGAGAGAAGAGUUACAGCCCACCAGGAGCCUCAGGCAUGGGGAAGAGUUCUGGGCUGGCUAUAACCCCAAGUAGGGCAAAGAGUUACAGCCCCACUGGAACUCCCUUCAAGGAGAGAGGUUCCAGCCAGUCUCCAUCAACGUCAAGGAGGGUAAAGAGUUAUAGUCAGAUGGUCACCCCUGGCAGGGAAUGGAGUUACAGCCCAAGUGAAGUAUCUAGCAGGCUCAAGAGUUACAACCAGGAUACUGCACCCAGCAGGACCCAGGGUCACAACCGGUCUAGCGCCCCCGGCAGGACCCAGAGUCACAGCCGGUCUAGCACCCCCGGCAGGACCCAGAGUCACAGCCGGUCUAGCACCCCCGGCAGGACCCGAAGUGAGAGCCCGUCUAGCACCCCCAGCAGGACCCGAAGUGAGAGCGGGUCUAGAAUGCCCAGAAGGGCAAGAAGUCAUAGUAUGGUGAGAAGUCACAGUUGGAAGAGAAGUCACAGUAGAGCAAGAAGUCGUACCCGGAAAGGAACUCGCAGUCAGAUGAGAAGACACAGCCAAUCUAGAAUCCACAGCAAGGGGGGAAACUAUAACCAAUAUAGAAUGCCCAGAAGGGAAAGAAGCCCCAGCCAGGAGAGAGAUCACAGACGAUCGAGAACACUCAGCCAGGAGAGAAGUCAUAGCCCAUCUGGAACCUCCCACAAAGAAAGAGAUCACAGCCGAUCUAGAACUUCCAACAGUGAAAGAGAGCACAGCCAAACCAGAACCCCCAGAAAAGAGAGAAACCGCAGCCAACUCAGAACCCCUAGAAAUGAGAGAGAUCACAGCCAAUUCAGAACCUUCAGAAAAGAAAGAGAUUGCAGCCAAUCCAGAGAGGAGAGAGAUCACAGCCUAUCUAGAACCUCUAGCAAGAGAGGUCACAGCCAAUCUAGAACCCCCAGCAAGGAGAGAGACCACAGCCGAUCUAGAACCCCCAGCAACGAAAGAGACCACAGCCGAUCUAGAACCCCCAGCAACGAAAGAGACCACAGCCGAUCUAGAACCCCUAAUAAGAAGAGCAAUCCUAGCCAAUCUACAACCCCCAAAAGUCUCAGCCAGAAGGAUUCCACUAGCAGGGCACAUAGUCCCAGUCAGAACAGAACACCUAGCAAGACAAGGUGCCCUUCCCCCUCCAGAUUUCUCAGUGGAGCCCCAAUUCCAAACCAGGAUGAUAUUCAAGGUAACGCCGCCAUCUCUAAGGCUGCCUCACCUGGAGAGAGGUCCUCAUCGUCUUCUUCCAAGCUGGCAUAG